GUCUGAACCGCCAUCUUGAAAAGUGCCCUCUGAUGAUCUACCUUUUCGCGCCUGUCAGAAUCACUUUUAAACGCCUUUUCCCCCCACUGGGGUUCUGUGUUGGCUCAGCUUUCGUCUUCUAAAGGCACGGGGCCAAUGGCAAGAUAAGCCACAUGCUGGAGACUCUCCGUUUAACGUUGUCUAUCGGUGUGUGCUGUUGAACUGCCGUAUGUUUGCUGUUUGUCAGUCUGUCUCUCACUGCUGUCUGCCUGCCUGUCCAUCCGGCUAGCCUGGAAUGGGCCACAACUUCCAAAGACUAAAACACACCUCCUUUUAACCUGAGCUCCUCCGUCUGGACUCCAACAUACACACAGAGCCAAGAUGUUUUGGAAGUUUGACCUCCACACCACAUCCCACAUUGACACACUGCUAGAGAAGGAGGAUGUGACGCUGACAGAGGUGAUGGAUGAGGAUGACGUCCUGCAGGAGUGCAAGGCCCAGAACCACAAAUUGGUGGACUUCCUGCUGAGACCACAGUGCAUGGAGGAUCUGGUCACCUACAUCACACAGGAACCCAACACUGAAGUUGAAGAGAAGGUUAAAUACAAGUAUCCUAACAUAUCAUGUGAGCUGCUUACGUCAGAUGUUGGCCAGAUAAAUGACAGACUUGGAGAAGAUGAAAAACUGCUGAUGAAACUUUACGGCUUCCUCCAAAAUGAGCCACCUCUCAACCCGCUCCUCGCAAGCUUCUUCUCCAAGGUCCUGUCCAUACUCAUUGGACGUAAGCCUGAACAGAUCGUCGAUUUUCUGCGAAAGCAGGAAGAUUUUGUUGACCUAAUGAUCAAACACAUCGGGACAUCAGCCAUCAUGGACCUGCUACUUAGAAUGCUCACCUGCAUUGAACCACAACAGCUCCGACAGGAUGUUCUCAACUGGCUAAAUGAGGAGAAGGUGAUCCAGAGAUUGGUGGACAUGGUACAGCCUUCUCAAGAUGAGGAUAGACACUCCAAUGCCUCCCAGUCACUGUGUGAGAUCAUCAGACUGAGCAGAGAUCAGAUGUUCCAGGUUCAGGGUUGCUCAGAGCCUGACCCACUUCUGGCCACACUUGAAAAACAGGAGACGGUGGAGCAGCUGUUGUCUAAUAUCUUUGACAAGGAGAAGAAUGAAUCUGCAAUCGUCAGUGUUAUCCAGAUCCUCCUCACACUGUUUGAAACCAGGAGACCAGCGUUUGAGGGUCAUAUGGAUUGCCCCCCAGGGAUGUCCCAUCCGUCAUUUUCAGUUAACCACAGCAUCCUGGAGGCUGUGCGACCCCGUCUCAAAGAUUUCCACCAGCUGCUACUGGAACCCCCAAAGAAAAAUGUGAUGAAAACAACGUGGGGGGUGCUGGACCCUCCAGUGGGCAACACCAGACUCCAUGUUGUCAGACUGGUGGCCAGUCUGCUGCAGAGCAACACACACAGCAUCAACACAGAACUCAUUAACCUCAACACACUGGGAGUCAUACUAGACAUGUAUUUCAAAUACAUCUGGAACAACUUCCUCCACAUUCAGGUUGAAAUCUGUACAGCUAUGAUUCUCGCUAUGCCCCCCGCCCCCAGUGACAUCCAGCCAGAUACAGAGCAGGAACAUGCAAGGGAGAGCAUCCUCAUCAAACAUCUGUUUCAAAAGUGCCAGUUUAUUCAGAGAAUCCUAGACGCCUGGGGCUCCAAUGAGAAAGAACAGGCGGAAGGUGGUCGGCGACAAGGCUACAUGGGUCACCUGACUAGAAUAGCCAACUCUAUAGUUCAUAACUCUGACAAAGGCCCUAAUGGACCGCAGAUACAACAGCUCAUCUCAGAGCUCCCAGUAGAGGACAGAGAGAAAUGGGAGGCCUUUAUUUCUGGGCAGCUGGCUGACACAAACAAGAGAAACACUGUCGACCUGGUAAACACACACCACAUCCAUUCUUCCAGUGAUGAUGAGGUGGACUUUAAAGACAGUGGCUUUCACCAGGACUCCUCUCUACAACAAGCCUUUUCUGAUUAUCAGAUGCAACAAAUGACGUCCAAUUUUAUUGAGCAGUUCGGCUUCAAUGAUGAAGAGUUUGCUGAUCAGGACGAUGUUGUGGAUAUUCCCUUUGAUAGAAUAUCAGACAUCAAUUUUUCACUGAAUACAAAUGAAAGUGCAAACAUAGCUUUGUUUGAGGCUCGCUGUAAAGAGAAAAUACAGCAGUUUGAAGAUGCUGGUUCAGAUGAGGAAGAUAUCUGGGAUGAAAAAGAUGUCACCUUUGCACCAGAGGCACAGAGACGCCCGAGGAGCUCAGGCAGCACAGACAGUGAAGAGAGCACAGAUUCAGAGGAGGAGGAUGGAAAGAGAGAUCCAUUUGAAGCAUCCAAUCCCAUCACUGAUGACAGAAUGGAAGUUGACACAGGGCCAGUGUGGACAGCCAACUUUGAUGACAUCCCCAUGGACACGGGUACAUCCACAGCUCCAGCCUCCAGCCCCAGUGACCCUGCUGCCUCCUGUCCUUUGUCCUCUUCCUCCUCCACCACCACAACGACUGAAGUCCUUUCUGGGGAAGCAUGGAGCACCUCUCCUGCUCCCACCUCCAAAUCCGAAACUGGCUGGGCAGACUUCUCCAACUUUACCCCUGUUAGCCCAAAAGACCCACUGAGAUGCAACUCUCCUGUUGCUAUGGAAACCAGCAUAGAGACAAUGGACCCUCUUGGGGUCAAUGCCCCAAUUCAGCCUGAAGAAUGUGAUGGCUGGUUGGGAACCAGUGUGGCUUCUCCCUCCCCCACCUCACCCAAGGAUUGUGGGAAAUCUAAAGCAGAUGAGGAAACCACCUGUUGUGAGCAGCGCAGCAUUACAGAGACGGUCAUCAAUGGCUCCAUGAAAGAAACAGUCAGCCUCACUGUUGACGCCAAGACUGAGACCGCCGUCUUCAAGAGUGAUGAAGAGAAGAGUGCUUCUUCAGAGAAAUACUCAGUAGUGGAGUGUGUGGAUUUGGAAAGAACAGGCGACAACACCUCUGCCGCUGCCUGCUGUCCCAAAACAGGUGACGCGUGUCGGUCCACUGCAGAGCUUCCCAAUGGUCCUCUAGAGGAAAUGGCAGCCAUAGAGGAAGCCAAAAUAGACCAGAGUGCCAUUUCUUCAGAGCCAGCUGUGAAUGGGCCAGCAUGAGGGUAGUCUAUUGCAAGCCAAUGGCCAGCCUGUUCUGCCGCGCAGGGCCCUCCUCCUGGCUAACCAGCAGAGGCCACUGUUCAGAGCUCUACCAGUCACAUGCCCCACCAGGACCAGCAAUACUCUCAUGUGCUCAUCAAUGACAGUCACAGACAGGUGUACAGACACAGGAUGAACUGAAAAGCAAAAUAAGAGACAAACUCAAAUGGAUACUAGUUUUUUUUUUUCUGCUUUUGUUUAUAUACUAUUGUUCUUAUGAGGUGAUGUCCGACUGAUGUCUUGCCACUCAAAAUUAAAUAGUAAUGUUGCUAUAGUUAAAGAAAUGAUUGUAUGAAUAAAAUAUUUUAUAAAAAGACAAAUGUAUACAGAAACAUAAGAUGAAUUACCACAGAAACGGGAACCACACAUUGGUGACAAAAGCAACUACAAAGCUGUUAGUAGAUCGAUCUGUUCUCCUGCACAGCAGCCAGACACAACAGUUGCUUUAAUUAUAACUUGCCCACCAUUGAUCUUUCUCUGAGCAAAGCUGCUCCUUCCAAUUGAAAAACGUUUUAAUUACCACACAGUUUUAUUUUGCUGCAGAUAUUCUUUGUAAAUGUUUUCACUUGUAUUCUUCUGCAUUGAGUAAGACCAAGCUUUUUGGUAUUUUUUAUUUAUUUAUUAUGGAAGUAAAAUGAUGGUUAUGUAUUGUUACUUAAGAGCCAUACAAACACUCUCUCCCCUUCGAGUGAGCUGCAUUUGUGUUUGUUGUCAGCACAGCCUAAAGUGGGAGCUGUAAAUGCUUUCUGAGGUUGAUGUUAUAGCUCAAAUUUCAGAACUGCAGUCCCCUCUCUUUGGCCUAGCACUCUGAUUGUUUUAAUUUUUUCAAAUUCUUUUUAGACCAAUAGUUUCUCUGAGGGUCUUCCUUUUAUAUUACCCUUACAUUUAGAACAUUUAAUUAUAGGCUGACGACAGUCUGCAAAACUGUAAUUUCUUACCAGCCAUGACUUACUUCACAAAGGGACAUGAAAUAAUAAGAAAAGUCAAUUUGAUUCAGUUUGUGUUAAGAGUUUAAUGUUCUGGAAAGGCUGCUGAACAAGUUCCAGGCAGCAGUGUUGCAUACUUGCACUGCAUUCAGACUGACAACUCUGGAGAAAAAACAGCACCUGUCUUCAAGGUAUUGUUGGCAUCUCAGAGUAACAAACCAGAGCAGAGAAGCUGAACCAUCAGACCAUUUACUAUCUUGACCAAUCAAAAUAGAGCCAGUCAACAUUUCUCGUAGAUUAGGUCACUGGUAAAAUUUUACUGUUCACCCUUGUUUAAAAGGAUGAUUCAAAAUCCUUUCUUUAAAAUCUUGUCUGGUGUUAUGGUGUCUGAUAUGCCUUCAACAGUUUGAAUUAAUUACUCAAACUGCCUGCAUUGUCUUAUUUCUCAGCAGUAACCAAAGUAAAAUAUCCUCUCUAAUGUAGACCCUUGACUCUUGUCAGCCAUAACGCAGCUUUGAUCCUUCAUCCACUUAAAAAUCCACUUUCAUGAGACUUUGGAUUGACUUAGUUUUCAAAUUUCAAACUUGCUGUGGUUUCAGACAAACUAGUUGCCUCUGUAUAUAUGGCCUUUUACGUUUGGUUUGGUCGCCACCAACCCCUGAGAAAAAUGUCUGUCUGGCUUUUGAGGUGCUAGAUGCUUAACCUUUUCAAUAUUAUACAUAAAUGAUCAACUUUUGCAUUUGGCCAACUGUUGGCGAAAAUGAACAUGAGCUAGUCUUGAAAUAUGUUUAAGCAUUACUGCUGAAUAUUACGUGAGGUUAACAGAGCCUGACACAGGCCAGUUACCCGAGCAUCUACAAGCAGCUGGGAUGAAAUUAAGGCCGCAUUGUUUCUACAGAACCUUAUCUCCACUUCAAAUGUGUUCUCCCUGGAAUCAUAUGAUUCAGUGUUUGGCAUUUGUUUCCAAAAUAAACUAGUUUUGUAA